AUGUUACCCUGGCUUCUCACCAUCUUUUUGGUGGUAACAGCACGACAGUACCUUCCACGAGAUCGCGUUCCUAAAUGGAAAACGUCAGAUCCAAAUUAUGGACCGGAUUACGGACAACCGGAACAAAUUCACCUCUCUCUGGGAGCUUCACCAACAGAAGUGGUUGUCACCUGGCUGACAUUCGAUGAUACGGAGAAAUCAUUGGUGAACUAUGGACUUAUCACUGAUAAGAAAUUAGAAAAGGUCUCAGAAGGCCUCUGCAGUGAAUUCAUUGACACGCCGAAAUCGAAGAUGAAGCGAUACAUUCACAGGAGCCACUAUUUCUGGUCUGACGCCUGGGAAAACAUAUCUUAUUCCUGGAGAAUUUUUUUAUCACCUGCUGCAGAAUAUCGCGUUGGUAGUGACCAUGGAUGGAGCGCUAUCUACAAGUUCACUGCUUUGACCCCGCGUGAUGAUGGCGGUUAUGAAAUCGCCGUAUUCGGAGACUUGGGCAAUCAGAAUGGGCGAUCCCUAGGGAAACUUCAACGAAUGGCCCAAGACGGCGAUAUCGACAUGGUUCUGCACGUUGGUGAUUUCGCCUACAAUCUUGAUACUGAUGACGGUAAUGUUGGAGAUGAAUUCCUACGACAAAUCGAGCCUAUUGCAGCCUACGUACCCUAUAUGGUAGCAGUUGGCAAUCAUGAGGCAGCGUAUAAUUUUUCCCACUACGUUAGUCGUUUUACAAUGCCCAGAUCGGAGCACAACUUGUUCUACAGCUUUGACUUGGGAAGAGCACAUUUCAUCAUUUUCUCCACGGAAUUCUAUUUUUACACUAACUACGGGUGGAGUCAAAUUCUCAAUCAGUGGAACUGGUUAAUUGAUGACCUUACGAGAGCAAACAAUAACAGAGCCAAUGUGCCGUGGAUACUGACGUUCGGUCAUCGGCCGAUGUACUGUUCGGACUUUGAUGGAGACGACUGUACUAAAUACGAAUCCAUUGUAAGUUUUCAGUCAUCCAGGAAAGACAUGUGCGUAUUCGGAAUUCCUAAAGGUAGUGAGAACAAUAUUUUUUUCCUGUUCCGGAGGGAUGUGGCGUGA